AAUCAGAUUGUCCUAGUAGAUGAAAGAGACCGAGAAAUCAGAGCAAUUAAAGAAACUGCUCAGGAGAGAGAGGCUGCUCUGUUGUCUCUAGACAGCUUGCGUGUGGCUCUUGAGGAGCGUCUCACAUUCACACAGAGAGAGCAAGAACAUGACAUUACGGAGCUAAAGGAGGCUCUUCAAGAGAGCCAGGAUGAAAAUGAGUCCCAGAUAAAGAAAGUAAAGCAACAUGAGUUGGAGAUUCAGACGCUAACAGAUACAGUCAGGAUAUUGCAAGUUGAGAAAGAGACUGCUCUGCAUUCCAUGGAAAAGACAGCUGCCAUGCUCACAUCUUUGCAAUCGGAUCUCCGAGAGUGUGAGAGAAAGAAAGAGAGUGCUGUGCAACAGCAGGUUGUGUUGUUAGACAACAAAGAGAGAGAUAUCCAGGCAUUGCAGGAGACUUUGCAGAGGUGCCAGAGUGAGAGAGAUGAUGCACAAUUUGCUCUAGAAAGCUUGGAGUCUCAGAGAGAGAUAACUGAGAGACAGACGCAGAUAGAGAUGAACACUCUGAGAGAGAAGGCUGCUGAACUGUCACAGAUUCUGAGAGAGACUGAAAACAUCAAACAGCAGUAUGAGAGAGAGUGCAAAGCUCUGAAAGCACAAAUAGAAAAUCUUUACCUCACUGAGAGACAGGGCAAAGCUCUGGAGCAGAGAGUGACUGAACUCUCCCAAGCUCUGGACAAGAGCAGAGCAGCUGAAGAUCAGAGAGAACAGGCCAACAAAGCUCUGGAUGAGAGAGUGACUGAACUCUCCCAAGCUCUGGACAAGAGCAGAACAGCUGAAGAUCAGAGCGAACGGGCCAACAAAGCUCUGGAUGAGAGAGUGACUGAACUCUCCCAAGCUCUGGAAAAGAGCAGAACAGCUGAAGAUCAGAGCGAACGGGCCAACAAAGCUCUGGAUGAGAGAGUGACUGAACUCUCCCAAGCUCUGGACAAGAGCAGAACAGCUGAAGAUCAGAGCGAACGGGCCAACAAAGCUCUGGAUGAGAGAGUGACUGAACUCUCCCAAGCUCUGGAAAAGAGCAGAACAGCUGAAGAUCAGAGCGAACGGGCCAACAAAGCUCUGGAUGAGAGAGUGACUGAACUCUCCCAAGCUCUGGACAAGAGCAGAACAGCUGAAGAUCAGAGCGAACGGGCCAACAAAGCUCUGGAUGAGAGAGUGACUGAACUCUCCCAAGCUCUGGACAAGAGCAGAGCAGCUGAAGAUCAGAGCGAACGGGCCAACAAAGCUCUGGAUGAGAGAUUGACUGAACUCUCCCAAGCUCUGGACAAGAGCAGAGCAGCUGAAGAUCAGAGAGAACGGGCCAACAAAGCUCUGGAUAAGAGAGUAGAAGACCUUUCCCAGGCACUGCUAAAUAAGGAGACGGAGAUUGAGGAGUAUAGGAGGCAGUCAUUAAGAGAGUGCAGAGGCUUAAAUGAGAGGGUAACUGAGCUUUCCAAGGCUCUGCUAAAUAAGGAAAUGGAGAUUGAGGAGUAUAGGAGACUGUCAGAAAGAGAGCACAGAGGCUUAAAUGAGAGAGUUUCUGAGCUUUCUAAGGCUCUGCUAAAUAAGGAGACUGAGAUUGAGGAGUGGAGAAAACAGUCUGAAAGGGAGUGCAGAGGCUUAAAUGAGAAGCUAACUGAGCUUUCCCAGGUUUUGACAGCUAAGGAGGCUCAAGAAGAGGAGAGCUUGAGACAAAUUAGAUCUAUGAUGGCAGAGAUCGCUGGACUUAAGGAAGAU